GCAAACGAAAAAUUAUUGAAAAAAUUACAUCACAUGUAAUGUGAUUUCAAUUGAUAGUGUAUUUCUAAUCGUGUUUUCAAGAAAUGUGGCGACCAACCUUUACACUCAUAAAAAAGGUUAUUAUUCCUUCAUUGAGAGAUAAUUUAACAUUUUCAAAAAUUCUUUAUUCAACUAAAAGCAGAUUACCCAAAUCUACUGUUAAGCUGACUCUUGUUAGUGCAAGUGUGGGUGUUGUAAUUGGCGCUGGUUAUGGAGGCUAUACGCAUUAUAAAAUUAAUGUAAAGAAGAACUUGACACCUUUAGAGAGUGAGGAAUUUGCAUUUUUGAAACAGUUGCCAGAUUAUAAGCCUCAGUAUAAAGUCAUCAAUGAUUCAGAUUCAAGCAACUUGCAUUUAAUACUGUUUCAAUACCGCACAUGCCCGUUUUGCUGCAAAGUACGUGCAUAUUUGGACUCCCGUGGUAUAAGCUAUGAGAUAGUGGAAGUCGAUGCUGUCCUACGCCAGGCAAUCAAAUGGUCGGGAUACAAAAAAGUACCUAUAGUGUUAACAAAAGUUGACGAAGGCUAUCAGCAAUUACUAGAUAGCAGUGCUAUUAUAUCCGUACUGGAGACUUUUUUGAAAGACAGAUCCUCUAAAUUACGUGAUGUCGUUAAGUUCUACCCCGCAACUAAGUAUACGAAUGACGAUGGCAAACAAACAACUGAUAUAGCCAACAAAUACUUUAUUAUGCACAAUGCUGUUGUUCCUGAUGAGCGAGAAAGAGCAACUGAACAAGAAGAGCGCGAGUGGCGACAGUGGGCCGACAAAGUAUUGGUGCACACAUUAUCUCCCAACGUGUACCGUACCACCAGCGAAGCCCUGGAAACGUUCAAAUGGUUCGAGGAGGUGGGUGGGUGGAAGCUGUCCUUUCCCACCUGGGAGUGUGCCCUCAUGGUCUACGGUGGCGCGAUGGCGAUGUGGAUCAUAGCUAAACGACUUAAAAAAAGACACAACAUCACGGACGCACGACAGUCUUUGUACGACGCUGCUAACGAAUGGACAGCCGCUGUGAAGAAACGAGGGCGAUUCUUAGGUGGAGACGAGCCUAAUUUAGCCGAUGUGUCGGUCUACGGAGUAUUAAGUAGUAUUGAGGGCUGUCAAGCUUUCCAGGACCUUAAAGCGAACACAGAAAUCGGCAAGUGGUAUGACGACAUCAAGAACACAAUACAAGGGACUACCGGCAAGGUAAUGGCAGUGCACGCGUAACAUGCACCACGCAGAAUCGUAUUUCUCGAUCAGUGGUAAACUUAUACUUUGCGUCCUAACUAAAGUGUCGUGUAAAUAUUUUUAAUAUUUAUGCUGUUCUGACAAAUUGUCCCUGAAAGUACAUAUCGAGUGAACGCGCAUUUGCUAUUUUCAUUUCAAUCAAUAGCCAGUGGUAGUGCAGUUAUCGUAUGACAAUCGUGAUCUAAUUAUCGUUCGAUAAUUCAGCCUUGUAGUGUGCGCACUAACUCUACAUUUUUGAGUUAGAAUACCCACGCUUUGGUCAGAAGCAGGUAGAAUGGUGGACCGACUAUUUAUAUUGUCAAUAUAUGUAUAGCGCAUUGUAUAUGGAGUAGC